UUCCAGUUCCAACCCCUUGUUCUUUAAUCCAGAGCCCAUUCCUAUAUAUACAGCAGAAGAAACAAACUUCUUCUCUUCCAUUCAGUGCUGCGAAAGAGUGUGGGCAGUGGAGGACGUCAUGCAGCCCCUCAAAGUAACAUUUCUAGGCCCCGCGGCAUCUUUUUCCCACCAGGCUGCCGUGGAAACAUUUGGGGCCUCCUCUGAGCUACAACCAUGCGUAUCAUUCGCAGAUGCUAUCACAGCCGUACAAAAUCAAGACGCCGACUAUGCCAUCGUGCCUUUCGAGAACUCGACCAAUGGAUCUGUUGUCCAAACAUUGGAUCUUCUAGCGGACCGCAAUGGUGUAUAUAGUGACGUGAAAGUGUGCGGAGAGCAUUAUUUGACAGUACACCACUGUAUUUUGGCUCGAAAAGGAGCUAUCCUAACCUCGCAACGAGACUACAGCUCCAUAACGAAAUUAUAUACACACCCACAGGCAUGGGGUCAAUGUGAGAAAUUUCUUGGGAAGCACUUCAAGGGCGUGGAGAGGCAGGAUGUCUCGUCUACAUCCAAGGCAGGUGAGACAGUUUUGAGGACAACCUCCGAAAUCAAUGGGGCUAUAGCCAGUCGGUUUGCAGGAGAGCAUUACGGCUUGGACAUACUUGAGGAGAACAUCGAGGAUGCAGCCAAUAACACUACACGUUUCUUGGUGCUGAGGAACGUGAAGUCCGAGGGCACAAGUCGAGUUUCUUUUGAAUCUACAAAGGCUUCGGUGUCCCAGGAACCGACCCGGUCUGUAUCUGCAACAAGGACAUUGAUCUCGUUCAUGAUUCGUCAAGAUGCUGUUGGGACACUAGCAGAUGCGUUGUUGAUUUUCAAGGAAGGUGGGAUGAAUCUCACAAGCAUAAACACACGACCGAGUCAAAUCGCGCCCUGGAAAUAUGUGUUUUUGGUUGAGAGUGAGACGAUGUCUGGUGGUCAAAAGGAGGAUACAGUACCGGAGAUCAUGGAUGGGCUGCAGAAAGUCACUGAAAAUUGCAGACACCUGGGGAACUGGACAAAUCAGCUUGCGUCGAGAUGAAUAUAAAUAAAAAUUUCAUGAGUAUAGAUUAGCGAUUAUGAAAAUCCCAUAGAUUGUUUGCGC